AGGCGCCGUGGACCGCGCAGGCGCAGUGGCCGCCACCUCGGCGCGAUGGCAUCUUCGCUGCCUGCCCGGCCGCCCUUGGCCGGGCGCGAUGACGUUAACGCGCUUCCUUGGCGUUCUCACACUGUGGGCGCAGGGAUGGCUCCAGCUCCUUAGAGUUUUGCCCAGAGAGGAAAGGAGACUGUCCUGUGACUGGAGAGACAGAGGCAGAUCUCCUGCCCAACCGGCCUCAGCCCCACCAUCGUCUAAAAAGUGUGCCCCACUUCCCCGCACCCCCUGGCCCUUAGGGUCCAGACAUCCGUUUGUUAGAUGCUGGUGGCCACCCAGAGUGUGCCCGGAGAUGGACUCGAAGGCCACCCGAGGUGUCUGGCUCAAUUUCUGGGUCGGAUGAGGGUCAGGGAAUCUGAGUCCCCAGGAGGCUGGGGACAGAGCUGAAGCCCAGGUUCAGAUGGCGGCCAUGGAAGGCGGAGAGCCGUCAGCGAGGCAGCGCCGGGGCUGCGGGAGCUUGCGGGAGCUUGCGGGAGGGAAGCGCCCGUGAGCCGCAGAGACGCUCUGCAGGGGAAGCCGCGUGGUGUGCGACCCUGGGCGUUGAGCUCCAGGCUUCCUGGCAAAGAGGACUGUGGAUUCCUGGCCCUGUGACCUUGGGUUGGAGUGCAAUGGCACAAUCUCAGCUCACUGCAACCUCCGCCUUCCAGGUUCAAGUGAUUCUCCUGCCUCAGCCUCCUGAGUAACUAGGAUUACAGGCACCUGCCACCACGCCCAGGCCAAAAAUGAGGAAGAUUCAUAAGUAAGUUAACACAGAAUUACCAAAAACUUCAUGAGAAAGAAAUGAAGGGAUGUUUCAGGGUAGCUUUUCGAGUCCCAAGUGAUCAUUGAUUUGGCCCUUCUGUUUCUGAUUGUGAAAAAGCAUUCUGAAAGAAUGGGCGCCGCUUCAAGAGGAGGUCUCUGAGGGUCAGCCUUUGGCUGUUUAUAGAGAAAUCAGAUAAAAAACUACUUGGUGAAAUGACUUCUUGUCACAUUGCUGAAGAACAUAUACAAAAGGUUGCUAUCUUUGGAGGAACCCAUGGGAAUGAGCUAACCGGAGUAUUUCUGGUUAAGCAUUGGCUAGAGAAUGGCGCUGAGAUUCAGAGAACAGGGCUGGAGGUAAAACCAUUUAUUACUAACCCCAGAGCAGUGAAGAAGUGUACCAGAUAUAUUGACUGUGACCUGAAUCGCAUUUUUGACCUUGAAAAUCUUGGCAAAAAAAUGUCAGAAGAUUUGCCAUAUGAAGUGAGAAGGGCUCAAGAAAUAAAUCAUUUAUUUGGUCCAAAAGACAGUGAAGAUUCCUAUGACAUUAUUUUUGACCUUCACAACACCACCUCUAACAUGGGGUGCACUCUUAUUCUUGAGGAUUCCAGGAAUAACUUUUUAAUUCAGAUGUUUCAUUAUAUUAAGACUUCUUUGGCUCCGCUACCCUGCUACGUUUAUCUGAUUGAGCAUCCUUCCCUCAAAUAUGCGACCACUCGUUCCAUAGCCAAGUAUCCUGUGGGUAUAGAAGUUGGUCCUCAGCCUCAAGGGGUUCUGAGAGCUGAUAUCUUGGAUCAAAUGAGAAAAAUGAUUAAACAUGCUCUUGAUUUUAUACAUCAUUUCAAUGAAGGAAAAGAAUUUCCUCCCUGCGCCAUUGAGGUCUAUAAAAUUAUAGAGAAAGUUGAUUAUCCCCGGGAUGAAAAUGGAGAAAUUGCUGCUAUCAUCCAUCCUAAUCUGCAGGAUCAAGACUGGAAACCACUGCAUCCUGGGGAUCCCAUGUUUUUAACUCUUGAUGGGAAGACGAUCCCACUGGGCGGAGACUGUACCGUGUACCCCGUGUUUGUGAAUGAGGCCGCAUAUUACGAAAAGAAAGAAGCUUUUGCAAAGACAACUAAACUAACGCUCAAUGCAAAAAGUAUUCGCUGCUGUUUACAUUAGAAAUCACUUCCAGCUCACAUCUUACACGGUGUCUUACAAAUUCUGCUAGUCUGUAAGCUCCUUAAGAGUAGGGUUGUGCCUUAUUCAACUGCAUACAUAGCUCCUAGCACAGUGCCUUAUUCGGUAGGCAUCUAAGCAAAUUUCUUAAAUUAAUUAAUAUAUCUUUAAAGAUAUCAUAUUUUAUGUAUGUAGCUUAUUCAAAGAAGUGUUUCCUAUUUCUAUAUAGUUUAUUAUACAUGAUACUUGGGUAGCUCAACAUUCUUAAUAAACAGCCUUUGUAUUCAGAAUAUAAAAUUGAAAUAGAUAUAUAUAAAGUUAUUUGUUUUAUUGUGCUUUGCCUUACUACACUUCACGGAUACUGUACUUUUUUUCCAAAUUGAAGGUUUUUGGCAACCCUGUGUCUAGAAAGUCUAACAGUGCCAUGUUUCCAACAGCAUGUGCUCACUCCUUGUCUCUGUGUCACCCUUUGAUAAUAUUUCAAGCUUUUUUAUGAUUUAUUAUAUCUGCUAUGGUGAUCUGUGA